AUGGGCGCCUUAAUUUAUAGCGCUGGAGGUCUAACCUCAUUCAUAACAGUCGUUGGUCUUUACAUGCUUUUUACCGGAAGCGGUGAAGCUUUCAAUGUCGGAGCUUUCCUCGAAUCCGUAUCGCCUUAUGUAUGGGCAGACCUCGGAAUUGCACUCUGCAUUGGAUUGUCGGUUGUUGGCGCAGCAUGGGGUAUCUUCAUCACGGGCUCGUCCAUCCUCGGAGGUGGUGUGAAGGCGCCACGAAUUCGAACGAAAAACUUGAUCUCCAUCAUCUUCUGCGAGGUCGUCGCCAUCUACGGUGUUAUCAUGGCCAUUGUAUUCUCCUCUCAUGUUACCUACGCUAGCGCCUACGAAACCUUCGAUGCAAACGCCUACUACACCGGCUUCGCUUUAUUCUGGGCUGGUGUGACUGUCGGAGGAUGUAACUUAGUUUGCGGUAUCGCCGUCGGCAUCAACGGCAGUGGAGCUGCCCUCGCUGACGCUGCGGACCCUUCUCUCUUCGUCAAGAUCCUCGUCAUCGAAAUCUUCAGCUCCGUCCUCGGUCUCUUCGGCUUGAUCAUUGGUCUCCUCGUAUCCGGCAAGGCAGACGAUUUUGGUGUAAUCUAA